UAGGGGGUGAAAUCGCCGGUGGCGCUAGUCGUCGCCAAAGUAGCUCGUGCUCCGCUCCCGGCAACACUCCGAGACGGUCUGUCCCGAGCGGGCAUCUUCUUCGCGCCGCCGGCACUUUUGGGCGCUUCUUCUUUUUUCUCUUUCCUUCAAGCUCCACCACCGCUCCACGUAUUUUUUUCUUCUCCGACUUCUUCUGCUUCUUCCCCCUUCACCCCUCCGCCCACCUGUUGGCGCACGCCAGACAACGAACCGCGUGCACGGAUUUUGCCUGCAUACGCGAAAGUGUUUUUGUUUCUUGACCUGUGCAUCGGGUGACACUGUGUUCGGCACUGUUCCGUUGACCAAGAAAGAGCGGCGCUUGUUCCUCGCGGUGUGGACCGUUUGUACCGUCAUCCCAAGCACCCGCUUGUCCUCUUCGUGCUGUUGUUCGUCGGUGAGCUAGCGGCCAACUGUUGUGGUUGUCCUCGCUACCGUAGUGAGUUCACGUGCGAGGAACGGGUACGCGCGUGCGUACUGCAUCGAGCCUGACCUCACUGCCGUGUGUGCGUGCUUUCUCCUUUGCCCGUAGUACUUGGGUUUUCGCCUCCACCGCUUGGAAACAGCGGCGAGUUGUGUUCUGUGUGGUGAUUUCAGUGGUGGUGCUGCGCGGACGCAGGAUCGAACCGUGGCGACUUUGGCGACACCGAGACACCGAUCAUGCGCUGGAUUCGGGCGGACAAGCCGGACUGAUCGUUUCCCGCGACCUUCCCUGAUGACAGCGCUCGGCUGAGGAGACCACGUGCGACUGCGGGCUAGGGUCAAACUCGCCUACCCAGAGUGAUGACAUGAAAAACACCUCAGCACGUGAUCAAGACGCGCGCGCUCGUAGCGUGUGUGAGCCCGACCUGGACAUGAAGGGCUUCUGACCAAAGUCUAGAAACGGCCGUGGCAAGCGAUUGGAGAAGCAGGGGCCGUUUCGCGACGACGCACUUUUAACGAGGAACGGUGUCGACAGGUUCGCAACUUCUAGAUGAGACGCAGUCUUGGCCGACGCGUAGUGGCUUUCAGCGGGACAGAUUGGCAGGAGCGGACGGUCUUGAGGUCGCGUCCGGGAAGUCAGGUCUCCGAGAAGGAUAAGCGGACUCCUGUAGUAGUACCGCGAUGGCUCAGCUGAGUCCCUUGACCAACACGGACAGUCCCCCGCCGUCAUCCCGAGGGGGUAGUAACGGUGCCGCGGUGUCUUCGCGAGACCGAGGCUCCGUGUCGCCUGUGUCUUCCCGCAAGAAGCGUCGCCAGAUGCACGACCCGGACUCCAGCGGCGAGGACGACCUCAGCCCGACGUCGCUCGCGAAGAGGUUCAUGUCCGACGCCGCGGCCGGGACUUCUUCGCCGGCCACGACGCCCUCGACGGACGUCGCUUCUUCCUUCGAGCUCAUUGACGUCACUGAGGACCGGCGCGACCUGGUGAGCGGCCACGCUGCCGCCGCAGCGGCCGCCGCGGCCGCCCUGGGCCCUAUCACGAGCCUCAGCUCGCCGAACCCGAGCACGCCGGGAGCCCUGGGCUCCGGCGCCGGCGGCUCGUUCGCCGGAGGACCCCCUCCGCCGCCGCCGCCGCGGCUGACGCCCUCGUCGGCUGACUUCCAGCCACCCUACUUCCCGCCCCCGUACAACCUGCCGACGCCGACGCAGCAGCAGCUCGACUUCCACGACCCGUACGCGUCGCACCACCUCAACAGUCUCGCCGGUCCGCAGCAGUACCACCAGCUGCACCCGGCCGCGGGACACCAGAGGGGCCUCUCCAGGAGACCCGAGGACGAUCUCCUACAGGCGGCGAACAUGCACCUUCCGGCGUACGGCGAAGGGCGUAGAACCGAACCGACAGCGUACCCCCGGCGGCCCGACGUGCUGGUGCACCACCCGCACCACCACCUGACCGAGCAGGACUUGCUGGGACUGCACGGAGCCGCCGCGGGUCUACCGCCAGGCAUCGUCGACGACGGACAGACCAGCCCCUGCUCCUCGGACGACGGAAACGACUUCCUCGAGGCAGGGAGCGUUGACGACACCAGUCUUUUUGGGAGCGACCACAAUAGUGUCAUACGAAAAGGCAUGAAGGUCCGCAACUCUUCGGAGAACCACAAGGACAUGGUUAUCAGCGGGGGUGUGACGUCCCCGACGGACGUGUUCUGCUCGGUGCCCGGCCGGCUGUCGCUGCUCAGUUCCACGUCCAAGUACAAGGUGACCGUGGGCGAAGUGCAGCGCCGCCUGUCGCCGCCUGAGUGCCUCAACGCGUCGCUGCUCGGCGGCGUCCUUCGGCGCGCGAAGUCCAAGAAUGGCGGCCGCUCGCUGCGGGAGAAGUUGGAGAAGAUAGGACUCAACCUACCUGCCGGUCGGCGCAAGGCGGCCAAUGUUACUCUGCUCACCUCUCUGGUAGAAGGCGAAGCCAUCCACUUAGCCAGGGAUUUCGGUUACGUGUGCGAGACCGAGUUCCCUUCCAGACAGGUGGCGGAGUACCUGUGUAGAAAUCACGCCGAACCAACCGACCUCUACCGCAGAAAAGAAGUGCUGCUUGCCACCAAGGGAAUGGUGAAGGAAUUCGUGGACCUGCUGAACCAGGACCGGUCUCCGCUGUGCAACACGCGGCCCCAGAACAUCCUCGAGCCCAGCAUCCAGCGUCACCUGACGCACUUCUCGCUCAUCACGCACGGCUUCGGCAGUCCCGCGAUCGUGGCCGCCCUGACGGCCGUGCAGAACUUCUUGAACGAGUCGGUCAAGUACCUCGAGAAGCAGAUCAACAGCUACCCCGGCGGCGCGCCGCCUCACCUGGCCUCCGUAGACCCCAAGAAAGAAGACGCAAAGAAGUAGGCCGCAGCCGUAGCCGUAGCCGAAACCGUAGCCUCCGCAAUCGCGAAGGGACAGCCAGGAAGAGGGAGCUGGAGAUGAAGUUCCCCGGGGGGACAACCCGUUAUUUCUUUUUCUUUCGGAAUUGGGAGACCGUGCCAUUCUUGUCGUCCGUCUCGCGUAAUCUCCAGAACCGAAUGCUGGUGAUGUAACCCCGAGAAACGACUCCAGCUUAACACUCCGUGAAUACAGCGUGUUGGCCUUGCGCUGACCGCAAGCGCCGUGUUCUUGAUCCAAACGCGCCGCGCCAGCCUGCAAUCCUACCUACCCGUCCGUCGGCUUGCUUGCUGCCUCCGGUUGUGCUGGUCGCUGUAUACCUGUCUAUGAGAAUUCGUCGCUACUAGGAAAUGCUCGUUCAGUGCUUAACAACGCUUGAUGAUUAUAUAUUGCCACCGGUCGCAUACGAUAGAACGCGGACGAGCACCGGUCGUCUUUUGCGCGCGACAGAAAUUCGGUGCAGUUACGACACCGGUCACGUGACAGACGUUCCCGUAUCAAGAUCAUUCCACUCGCACCGCUCGCAGAAAUAAAAAUAAAAUCAAGUUUUACCUCUCGGUUGGGAACGAGACGAUAGCGUUUGAUCUCGGUGCUCCUCCUCCGGCCCAAAAUUGACCGAAUCUUCCGACAGGCGCUAUGCACGCAGGCUAAAACUCGCUCCUGGGCUAGUUGGUACAUAAUCAGGCUUAAGAGGUUCACGACAGCGAAUGCAUGGACAUCAAAGGCAGUAGAAGUGCGAACUGUAGCAGAAAUGUAAUUGGGCAAAAACUCGCUCCUGUGCUAGUUGGCGCAUGGCACUUGUCUUGUACUUCAGGUCUAUGUAUUUGCUGCCGUGCCAUUCUUAAACACAGGGCUCGUGGUCAGCAAAACUUUGAAACGCCUUUGAGCGUGUUCAAAAUAACACAUUCGCUAUCCUGACCGUUGCUCUGUCUGUGGCCUCCGUGAUGAGCUUCGGUAGCGAGCCUCAGGCGCGCUGCUGGAGCUAAUCGCGGAGGUUACGAUCUGUCCCAUACACUCAAACCUCGAUAUAACGAACACGGAUACAACGAAUUAUCGAUUAUAACGACGUUAUUUUCGUGGCAGAUGUGACUUUGUUAUAAUGAGGUUUGAGUGUACUCAGUGAAUAUUUCUUUACCAGCUAGCUUGGAUUUGGUCGAUGUUUUCGAAGCCGUAAGAGUUGGAAAGGAGCGCGCCGGCAACGACAGGGGGCGCUAGCAGCCGACGGAAGCGUAGUAGUAACAGGCCGCGCGUGCGGAAAGGCUGUAAACGGUUUAGUGGAGGAGUUUGUACUACAACAUAGCCGCACCGUGCCGCUUCUGUGCUGUGAUAUCAACGAGGAGGACGGCGACGGAGCGGCGGUGGUGGUGGUCCAAUCACCACUCGCGGCUUGCUCGUGUGUGUUGUGUGUGUCGUGUUGAACAGUGCUUCGCGGCCACCCUGAAAAUCUUGCUACGGUGCAACACAAACAAUUGUCGAAAGAAACCGCGCGACCUCUUCUCCCGUCUUCUCUCUUCGCGUCCUCCCUUCCCCCAACAACGCCGAACAAAAGAGAGACAAGCUGCUGACACGCGCGCGGCCAUAAGAGAACUGCAAUCUAGGAGUUGUACCUCCGAGUUGCAACGUCCCCGACAAGACGUCAGGACGGGGGAGGUCUCCCCUGCAGCCGCACGCCCUUACGGGGCGGAAUCGCGUCGUGGUGUCGUCGUUCGUCUUGUCUCAUUAUUAUAAUACCCCUGGGUGCCAUAAUGUGUACGUGCCGUGGAACGUGCCACACGUCGUCGUCUAGACGGCGUGACCUUCGCAUCUUCUUCGUCUUCACGCCCCGAUGACGACGUCGAGGCAAGGCACAAGUCUCCUCCGCCCUCAUCUAGCGCGGAGGGAACGACGUCGUCGUCGAAAGCUCAAAUUGUUGCCAAAGCGAGAAUACGCUCGCCCAUCCCCCUUUUUCGACUCACAAGCACUAUCAAUCUGCGUUUUCUCUCGUCGUGAAGUUCUGUUCUUUGUUUUUAUUUUUUAAAACCCUUUAGACCCCUACUGUGCUCGACCGCAAUGCUCGGUCAUGUGUGUGACUCAUCUGUAUUCACCCGGACCUUUCUUCCUGGCAUCUUCUUAGGUGUGUUCUUGUCACUUUGCAAAAGAAACCUCUGCUCACAGUGUCUCUCUUCUCAGUGUGUCUCUUCGUGUGCCGUCCGGAUGCCAGAAUCGGUGCUCGACUGCUUUUGCCGUUGCGUAUUCCGUGGGGUUACAAAAAACACAAAUCGACUGACUCAUUUUCGCACCGCACUUACGCCUGUAAGGUAAACAGUUUUGUCCGUACGGCAGCGGAAAACAAAAAGAUUUUUGAUGCAAGUAUUAGGCGCAUCGCCGAAAGUUGUUUCCGGUUUGUAAAUAUCAGCGGGGAAAGAAUUGUUGCUUCGUGCUCGGCUACCUCUAGCACAACUUAACGUACGGUCACCCUAGCGUGAAAAACGCGCGGGAGCGGGCGACUUGCAACAAGUUUGCUGCCUCGCAAUACGAAUGACGUAAUCAGACUCAGAGCCGUUAUAUGGCGGUUCGCCGGCUUUCCAGGUGCUGCAGAUCGGCUAGACCAAUCGGAAGUCAUCGAUUCGGUCAAGUGCGAAAGUGACGAUUAUAACAAUUUCUAUUGGCGUUUCCUUUAAAAUAGUAUCGCAAAAUGCUCGCGUGGUCUGCGUGAGAGAAUCGUGUAUUACAUCUGUCGCGGCCAACUAUCUUUGAGCACAACACAGGACUACGGGCCCCUGUUGAUAUUGCCAAAGUUCACCGUCAAAACCUGCCGGAAAUGCGAAAGCGACGACAUCACGUCACUUCCGUGACGGAGGAGACGCCGAACAAUGCGGCCGUACCGACUUUACGAAUGUCUAAGCCCGUCCAUUGACACAUUACUUUACGGUAUGCAGCUACAUGGGAAAUGACGCCGAUGGCAGCAGCAGCUGCGUUGAUGGCGCCACAUUGUGAAGCUUUCGUCGGCCAGAACGUUCGCAAACAGUUCUUAUGCCGCGUCAUUGUACUCGCAGGAGGCACAAAAUGAAAUGCACUGACGCUGACGACAUGUCACCCAUGUCCUCGCAGACGCAGAUCGGUAGAACAUUGUUGCUGUAAUUCAAGCUCUCUGCAAGGUCUCCGAGAACGAUUCGCGUAGUCCUGCGUGCUAACCAAGCUCGGAGGCCACGUUCUGCGAGCUCUAGUGCAUUUCACUUUCACAACAUGGCUCCACCAGUGCCGCUGUGUACUUUUACGCCCGCGGUAUUCCGUAAACUGUUUUACAGGCAAGCUAUACGUCUCUAAUAUGUGGGGUAUUCCGUAAACCAUUUUACAAGCAGUCUAUACGUCUCCGUUGUCGGCGGCAUUCCAUAAACUGUUUUACAGGAAUACCAUACGUCUCCAAUGUAGUGGGGUAUUCCGUGAGCUGUUUUAGAGGCAUUUUAUACGUCACCAUUUUCUGGGGUAUUCCGCAAACUGUUUUACAGGCACGGUAUUACGGUCUCUAAUACGCGGUAUAUUCCGUAAACUGUUCUGCAGGCACGCUAUACAUGUCGAUUGUCUCUCUCCUCGUUUUGGCACGAGCGCAUUUCAUGUAGUCGUGGCCGUACACUAAGCCUAACUUCCCGACGCGUAAGUCGGGUUACUCCACCGGCUCCGUGCUCCUAAAUCGGCGUUGUCUUGAAUCAACGUUUUCUGGCAUCUUUCUAAAGCAUCGGAACCGUUUCUGGCUGAUGGAGCCGUCACUUCCGUCGCCCUACGGCAACUCAAGGCAAUAAUCAUCAAGCAAUGCACUUCUUACGUGUUGUAUCUAUAGUGGCCGUGUCAAACAUUGUUCUUUUUUUUCUCUCUAUCUCACAGUGCUGUACCAUACACGAAAGGCGAGUGAUAGCUAAAAUAGAGAAGAAAAAAACAGGACGCGAGUGUCUUCUUUCUUUUGUUGCUUACGUCACAGUAUUCAUGUCGUCACCAGUUUCUGCGGUGCGGCCAAUUGCUCAUAAUAUAAUGAUUUCUUCAUCUCGACGUCAGGUCGCGCUAGAAGUAUGGCGGGGCGCUGCGAAAAAGUUUUUAUAUUUAUUGGUAAAUUACUGUGUUCAUUUGUUUUCUUUUUGAUUUUCUUUAAUCGUACAGCUGUUGCGUUCUUUGCUCUGUGGUGUGUCUCGGUGUUUAACGAGACGUGCCGGCUUAUUUUGAAGGCGACGCUAUUGUGUCAGAAAUUAUUUUUAGUGCUCUAUGAUUACCCAAGGUGCAAUACGUGCUCACUGAGUGAAUGACUGUGCAGUCGACGUAGCCGUAUGAUGUGCGAUCCUUUAUUUUUUUUUUAUCUGUACUCUCACUUGUUCAUACAACUGUUGCUGGCAACCUUUCAAACUUUUCAUUUUGACUUUACCAUUUCGCACAAGGUGGCACUUAGCUUUUUUUUAUGUGUCCCAAUUCCAUUUUAUGUUCAAUUCUUUUUCUUUUAGAAAAGUGCAAACUACCUCAGUCGCCGCCUAAAAGUGUCAGAAAUAUUUGGUGGCUUUUUAAAAAGAUCAUUCGAACAAACGUCGAUCAACUGACGCAUUCACAAGAGAUGCUUUAGGAUAGUUUUACAUGACACUGCUGAACAGUCGCAUUCCAGAGCUGUAGUGGCGUAUUAUUUCGGGAAAGUGUAUUUGUAACCUGAACAGCUCGGUGUCACGUGACCUGGACGGAAACGUCACGUAUUACGUCACUGCUAGAGCGUCACGUCGCUGUCAACUAUAGUGCCCAGUACAUUAUGUGUACACUAUAGCGUCCAGUACAGUAUAGCGUCCGUGCACAACUCUGGUGUGCAGUACAUUAUAGUGUACUGGACACUAUAAUGUAUAAUACAUUCUCGUACGCUAUACUGUCGACCCUAUAGUCGAUAGUAUAGUGUACUGUCGUAUAGUACAGUAUAAUAGUAGUAUAGUGCAGUUACAGUGACUAGUACAUUCCACUACACUAUACUGCCGACCCUAUAGUCGGCAGCAUAGUCUACUGUCGUAUAGUGCACUAAAGUAGUAGUCUGCCUGUAGGAACACCCGUGCAGUAAAGUAGUAGUAUAGUACAGCUAUAGUGUCUAGUACAUUAUAGUGUACUAGACAGUAUCGACCCUGGCUUUCGCAGUAGUAACGUUCUCACUAUUUUCCCCGCAUCACUAGUUCGGCGUCCCCAGUGACACGGGCAAAACUAUGACACUGGCAAAAUAGUCAUACUUAUUCAAUGCCAGGCAGAACCUUGCCUUCCAUUCAAAUUGUACGGCGGUGGUAUGACGUCACAUGACGUUUCAGCGCAGGUCACGUGACCCAGGGCCGUCGAAGUGCAAACAGACUCUCCUCAUCAUUUCACUGGCUUCUGCCAGUUUUGCAUUGUGUGAAUGCCGCAUUACCCUUUCUUUACAGUAUUUUUUUAGUAUUGUUUGGCCCUCAUUUCAGUUCACACGCUCACUGUAUUAAAACAAUUUUUUACGAGGUUUUGUUGUGGACUUUUCAAAACAGUGACGUAUACAGCGUUAACUUCGCUUCUCGCCUCUACAUGCAUUGGGCCCCGAAUGCGAGGGAAGAGAAAAGCUUGUACCAAUGAACUAAGUCCAUCGUGAACAUGCAUACAUAUGUCUAUAGAUGGCCCGUAAUCAAAGGUCUGGCGCUUGGACUUUUUUUUUCUUCGCACAGCGCUUGUAAGAUGACCUGAUACCAAAUUAGUGGAAAUAAAGUGUUCUGUGCGAAUA